GAGUUGUAGUGGGUGAUCAGAUUAUGCAAAUGAUAUGCAAAUGAGGGGUCGGUUCUCAUAAGUUAAGUUUUGGUGUUGAUUUAUUCUGUCAGCGGGUAAUUAAUGAGUGAUAGCGUAGCAGAUUAUACAGAUUAUACAUGAAACCGAGCCUGACUCCCUGUGACACUGACAAAACAACCACGUUCAGGGUUUGCCAAUUCGCUGAAAACUCGAAUACAUCAGAUUGAUUCACCCAACUCACGUGUUCCAUGUUUUACUGGCUAUGUUAUCUAUCGCGAGUUGGCUUAAAAAGCCUUUUGAUUUCUUUUAGGGGGUUUCUAUAUCGGCUAGCAAACUUCGACCGAGGGUCGAUAUUCGCGCGGAUUUGGACUGCUUUGACCCCCGCGGUUGUUCUAUUCAAAAAAGAAAAAUAGCAAUAGCCAGACGAGAAAUUCUGGUAAUUAUCACUGUUUGCACGAAAGACAGGUGUAGCAAAACUAAUUAUGGAGGAAUAAUAAAUCAGUCCACAAACCCGUCCGACACUAUAAUAGCCAAGGAAAUGCAAACAAUUUUUAACCUUGAAAUAAAAGAUGACAAUUUGCAUGUGAAAAGUGCAUCGCAUUGACGACUUUUAGUAAACAAAAAUUUUCUGUUAGCACAGGCCCACAUCUGUAAAAAUGAUAUUAUUAUCAUACCUUCGUUGAGGAUAGACGUCGUAAAUCUAGACUGAUCGUGUCAGCAGCACCAUCACCGACAGUUUUCCACUCCUUUGAAGAAAUUUUGGGGCACAGCUGCUCAUAAUGAACGAAUCAACUUGCUCUCUGGCGGAUUUCGCUCGUUACAACAUAACACACGAUUUCCCGAAAGAAGUCUAUCACGUCGUAAGUGUUGCCAACAGCCUUAUUCUAGCUACCGCCACUCUUGGAAAUAGUGUGAUUCUGGCUGCUUUAAGAAGAUGUCGAACUUUACAGCCCCCAUCAAAGGCUCUUCUAUACAGUCUGGUACUAUCGGAUCUUGGCGUUGGAGUUCUUGUCAUUCCGCUUAAGCUGGCUUGGAAUCUGGCUGUAGUUUUAAAGAAACCUUCACUGUACUGUUUUCUGUGGAGGUCGUUUCGCAUCAUGGCUGCCGUGUUGGGGACAGUGUCUUUCUUCACAACUACAGCGAUCGCUUUGGAUAGAUACCUUGCCUUCCGACUCCGAAUAAAAUACCGUCAAGUGAUAACGCUGCGAAAAGUGGUUUCGUUGCUAAUUGCGGAGUGGAUUUUAGCAAUAAUGUGGGCUUGCACUGAGAUAGUGAAUGAGACUCUGAACAGGGUAUUAGGAACUAUAGCAAUAUUGAGCUGUGUUGUCAUUACUCUGGUUUGUUAUCAGAGAAUCUACAAAGGUUUACGUCGUCAGGCGGCACUCAUUCAGGUGCAAUGUCAACUUGCCACGAACCAAAACAACAGCAGCUUCAGUGUAGGUGAAUAUAAGAGAACUGUAGGCAAUAUGGUUUGGGUUUAUUGCUGUCUCCUUGUAUGUUAUGUACCGUAUUAUCUUAACCUGAUCUUACUAAUAGCAUUCGACAACGAUGUACUGGUUUUGGCCAAAAACGUAACAUCGGUUGUUAUUUACUUGAAUUCUUCUCUCAACCCGGUCAUUUAUUGCUGGAAAAUGAAAGAAAUAAGGAAAGAAUCCUUUGCCAUAUUUCAGAACAUCUGUCACCCCAUGUAAAGGCAAUCGUAAAUUUAUGCAAAAACUGAUGAAAAAAAAUUGCCGAUUUAAUUUGAUGGAUAGUGUUUACGUAAUUAGUUUUGCACGCAAGCCGGUUUUACACUGUUACUAUGAAGAGAAAUACAAAUGUUAUCAAUAAAAGUUGAAAGGUUAGUUACCGCUGUCAUGAGCUGUUUUAGUAUUAUCUAAGCGUGCCC